AAAAAAAAACAACAACUCCCCGAGUGUCGAGCUGAGGACGGAGGGAGCGGUGGAGAAGAGAAGACAAGAGCCGCGAGGAUAAAAAAAAGAAGAAGAAGAAGAAGAAGAAGUAGUAGAAGAAGAAGAAGUAGGCAGGGUGGGACGGAAUAAUCCAGGAAGUGUGGAGGCCGGUCAGGUGGGAGGCGACGAGUCAGGACAGGUGCCACACCGGCACUCAGGUGUAUGACCUUUGCUGACCUCUGAACAAAGAACCAAAGAGGAGGGGGCGGGUGAGAGAGAGACAGACAGCAGGCACCCAUCUUCUCCUGGGUUUAUGGACUGGAGGUGGCAAUGUCUCCAGGAGAGGACGGUCUGAUUGGGAUCCCCUUCCCGGAGCACAGCAAUGAGCUCUUGUCCCACCUCAACGACCAGAGGAGGACAGGGCUCCUGUGUGACCUCACCUUGACAUCCCGUGGGGCGCGCUACCCGACCCACCGCUCCGUCAUGGCCGCCGUCAGUCUCUACUUCCGCCGGUUGUUUGGGGCAGAGGAGGGCGGCGGCGAGGGCGGAGGAGGUUUCAGCGUUUGCCAGCUGGACUGCGUGGCACCCGAUGCCCUGGAUGCCCUUCUGGAGUUCGCCUACACUGCCACCCUGACCAUCCCGAGCUCUGGGAUGAGAGACGUCCUGCGAGGGGCUCAGCUCCUGGGCAUCCAGUGUGUGGCUGACGCCUGCAGAGACAUCCUGGGAGAGACGGCGGAGGCAGAGGGGGAGACAGCGGAGGAGCAGACAACCCAACACAUGGCGGCCAAGAGGAUGGUGGAGGUAGAGAGCGGUGUAGAGAAAGCGUCCCGAAGAAAAACGGACAGAAAGAAGGUGAAAAAAGUCGGAUUGCAUCACAACAACUCCUUGAUUUUAAACCCGCCACCUGCUUCUCCGGUCUCACACCCUUCCCCUGCGUCCGACAGCAUCCGCUCCCUGCCAUCUACCCAGCCGCCCAGCCCCGAACAGGAGGAGCUUCGCCUCAAAGCUGGGCAGAACGGAGACCCCAGGUCGAUCACACAGCCAGGGAGGGGUGCCGCACUAAACGGAGGGCUCCUUCACCACUGGCUGCAGGAGCCCCUCCGUAUAGCCCACCCACCUCCUGUCGCACCCUUGAAUGACAAGCUGUCGGAGGAUGAUGACAUGGAGGGUUUGGAUGAUGGUAUGGUGAUGGGAAGCACCUCCAUACCUGUCUCUGUUGCUGAGCGAGGAGCGACGACGUCAGCGGUGGGAGGGGGGAGGAAGAGGAAGUCUCAGACGCCCCAGCAGUGCCCUGUCUGUCAGAAGAUCAUCCAUGGAGCUGGGAAACUGCCCCGACACAUGAGGACACACACCGGAGAGAAACCCUUCCAGUGCUCUGCCUGUGGAGUCCGGUUCACCCGGAAUGAUAAGUUGAAGAUCCACAUGAGGAAACACACAGGCGAGCGCCCCUACCCGUGCCCCCACUGCCCCGCCAGGUUCCUCCACUCAUACGACCUCAAAAACCACCUGUCUCUCCACAGUGGGGCGCGACCCUUCGAGUGCCCGCUCUGCCACAAGGCCUUCGCCCGAGAGGACCACCUCCAGCGUCACCGCAAGGGGCACAGCUGCCUGGAGCUGCGAACCCGUCGGCCCAGGCGCGGUCCGGAGCUCGCGGAGGACGGGAGAGGGGACGGAAGCAGGAGGGAGCACUCCAACCCCCUGGAGGCUCUGUCCCUACAGGCCCAUUCCUCAGCGUUUCUCCCCCACGCGGUGCUGGACGGCGGGAGCGGGUCCGGUGCUGGCCCUCCGCUGCUGUUCCCCGGCGACGUCGAGAGGGGACGCUCGCUCACCCUCCAGGCCCUGGCCCAGCUCGGGCCUCACAGGUUGGCCGGCUACCCCGAGCUCUUCCUGAGAGGGCUGGAGCUGCGAGGGGGCAGGGAGGCGGAGGGGGAAGAUCCGGGUGGAACCCACUCGCCGGCUGCUCAGCGUGACCGAUGGGUAGACGAUGUGGAGGAGGAAAUCGGAGACGAGGAAGCGGAGGAAGAGGAAUAGUUAAAAGAGAGUGUGUGUGUGUACGUGUAUGCGUGUGUGUGUCUGUGUGGUAAAGCAUCCACAGUAAAAAAAAAAUCUCACUCAGGUGGCUGGACUAAUGACCUGCUGCUCCCAUAUAGAGAGCGCUUAAAGAAAAAAAAAAAAAACAAACUAAAUGAUAUUAAAAGAAAAAAAAUGGAAAACGGGUUUUCAGAGAUAUUUUAAAUGUUUGUCUUCUGGCUCUUGGCAUUUGAUUUCAUUUGUCUUUUAAAUUUAAUUUCUCGUUUGCUGUUUAAUUUUAUGUAUUUUAGGUUUGAGCUGUUUCUUUAUGAUUUGACUUUAUUUUUCUAGCUGGACAUGUGUGUGUUGAGUGUGUGGUUACUGGGAUGCUUUUCACUAUGCAAACUAAAAUCCAGAGCUGCAACAUGGAGGGAUAUUUGAAGAUGUAUAUUUUAGUUACAACAUAAUGUAUUGAUUCAGGUGCAAUUCAGAAGUCAUAUCAUGUAGAUCACAGGAAUGAGUUUGUGUGCUCACUGACCUCUGGUGGUUGUCAGUGGAAAUGCAGUCUAAUUAAUCAAACUUGUUCUGUGCGUUGUAAGCAAUAAUGUUCUUUGUAUCUUUUCUUCGUAGAGGUAGAAUCUUUGCUUUCAUUUGGUGCUUGAACCAAAGAUUUUUAGUUGAACUUUUUAUUUUCUUAAAUCUUAAGUUGACAGGAGUGGGGAGAAGUGAAUUGUGGCCAAUGUUGGGUUUGAAGAGAAAAUCCUUUCCCAACUGUUAUGAUCGCCAUGAGAAAAGAAUCUGCUUCCAUAUGUGAGUGUGUGUUUCAGAGCCGCGGAGCUCUGCGUUAAAUGCCUGACCAAAAGAGACAACGUUUGGAUCAAUGAGUUGAUGUUGAUUAAUGCUGAAGACAAUUCUUCUUUUCCCAAAGGCUGUGUGAAUUUCAGUCUUCCAAUGCACUCGUUUCGGUUCCGUGUUUGAAAAAAAGGAGGAAAAAAAAGAAGGGGCAAGGUGAGGUGAUGAAUGCGAUGGCUUGUCCCUUUUUUUCCUGUAUUUAUUUAUUUAUUGUUAUUUAUUAUGGCUCUUCUGCUGAAACUCUUUCGUGAGACCAGAUCCAGGGUUUGUGGACGCAGAUCACGGUCCAUAUCUCGUCAAGUCUUGCAAGACGCUGCAGCGCGCUUAUUUUGGGCUCAACAUCUCCAUUUAUUACCUAAACGCCUUUUAUUACAGGCUGCGUGUCUUCUUUUGGCGAUUCUUCCUCAAAUGCAUUCUUUGCACAUUUAACCCCCGUCAGGUACUGCAAAUAGCACAGGCACAUUCCAUCCUCCGGGGUAGAGAGAAGGGAACAGAGCAAAGAAGUAGUCAUGGAAGGUUUUUUAAAAACCUUCGAUGUAAACUGGAACUCAAAACAUCUUGCUUUUCUGUUGUUAAAUCAACACGUAUAGUACUGUAUCACGUUAAUACAUGGCAGUUCUUAUAGAUCGGCCACCGCUGUGUCUAAAGGGGCCAUUACCUUCUUGAGUUCAUCUGUCUUCGACCAAAAACCUCUUCAGUUUCAUUUUGCUUUUCUGGACCAGUACAUUAAGGCCUGUUGCAGGGUGUAAUGCAGUCGUUAAUGGCUUUAAAAACGAGAAAGCGCUCGUCUUUUUAUUUCCAGUUGGCUUGAAAACCCAUGUAGUCAGAACCUGCUGUAGCAGUCGUGCUGGUCUGGCCUUGUGUGCACUAUCCGCUCCUUGUUGUGUAGUAAAUCUUUUUUUUUUUUUAAUCUCCAAUUUAUUUGCACUAUGAGAUUUGAGAGCUUCAAGCCUUUUUGUCUGACCUUCAAUAUUUAGUCCAUUAACUCAGUAUCAUUUAAAAUUGUGAUUGAAAUAGACAAUACUUCUUUAAAAUCCCACAUACAUUGAGUACGUUUCCUCCUGCAUAUUAGUACAGAGUUAUUGUCAAAUGUAAUAUAUAUUGGGAGUUGCCUUUGUUUUUUUUUUUUGUUUUGUUUUUUUUUUUUUGUGCUGCAACUAUUCUCAGGAAAUCUUGAGCAAUGCACUAAGUGAUUAUACAGAAUAUAAAAUGGGAAGAAAUUGUUUGGUGCUGCAGGGUGAUUGACACUCUUCAUGUCCGUGUAAGGCCAGCAGUUUCAAAAUAAGAGAUUUUUUUAUUAUAUCAUUUCACAUUUUAAAAAAACAUGAUUCAAACUGAUUGUGAGGUUAAAAUACACAGGUAACUGUAGUGAAAGUAAACUACUGGCCUUACUGGAACCUGUCCUACUGGAAAUGGCAGUGUGACAGUUGGUCCUGUUCAUGAAGGGUGUUGGUGCUCCCAGUCAGAGCUUUGUGAAUGAAUGAGGGUUAACCUGAUGCCAGCUGUGAAGUGUGUGUUUCUGUGUGAGCUGUUUGUUUUCUCGGCUUCGGUGAAGGGACAUGGGGUCUGGUAUGAGUCGAGACCCCGCUAUCAGGGAUACAUUUUUGUCUUUCAGUUUUUAGUGGAACCUUCUCAGAGAUAUGAAUUCAUUUUCCCAUCAUUUGUUUCAGUUAAUGUAAAGAAAAGAAAUAAAGAUAUCUAAGCUUGC